GAAGCAUGCCCUCCAACAUGAGGCUUCUCUCUCCAAAAAUUGCAGCGUUUGGGACCACGUGACCUCGCCAACACAGGAUGUCCCACGGAGAGAGAGCAGCGGUGACUCGAAGCGUGGAAACAGUCUGCUCACUGGUGCGGUGGGAUCCGGCUCAUGAGACAAAAAAAAGUUGGAGAAAAAGUUUGGAAGCGAUCAUAUAUGAACAAAUAAGAACAAAUUUCAGGCGCAAUCAGUGCGUAUAGAGCAUCUAUGGAGCGUAAAUUCUACAAUUAGACCCGUGGCGAUGCGUUUGUUUAUUUAACCCUGUGUUCAAUCAGAGUUAAAACAAACAAUCAGACAUUUAUCUCGCCGGUCUUUCGCUAUUGAUAAUGAAUCUACAAGACUACGAGGCUCCGCGCCGCGUCUGCUGAAGGAGAGGAGCCCGCGUCCGAGGAUACAAUGAAGCAGUGUGUCCUUGUCCGAGACAAUGCAGCGAGAUGCUACGAGGAGACGAUAUUUCCCACAAGAUCAGGGACGUUUUGCCCGACUGCACAGCGACAUCAACUAAAGACCGCAGCAAAAUGAGACGCAAAACACAACACAAAGUGGGUGUUGAUGUACGAACAGCUGAACAUUCCUGAGUUUUCAUAAUGAAACCUUAGCCUCUGCAUGCCAGGCUAUGACCAACACACUGACUAGACUGUAGACAUCCAGUUACAAAGCCAGGACUCAAGAAUGAAGAUCAAGUAUGCAAUCGUCUUCAUCUGUAUCGUGGCCCUGGUCAUCAUUGAAAAGGAAAGCAACAUCCUCUCAAGGGUCUCUGAUAAGCUGAUCCAGAGGCAGACUCCACAGCAGACCCCACAGACCCCUCUGGAUUACAGCAACACAACACAAAAGGGCUCCCUGAUGGCACUCAAAAUGCUGCUCUCGAAACUCUCUGGUCCAAAAGGGAAUUAUUCCAAUUUCUCAGAGGAGCAAGAGGAGGAAGAACUGGAUGAUUUAAGCUCGUACAGCUACAGCGGCGGCCGUAAGCACAUAUUACUGAUGGCCACCACUCGAACGGGCUCCUCGUUUGUGGGGGAAUUUUUCAACCAGCAUGGGGAGAAAAUGUUCUACCUGUUCGAGCCCUUGUGGCACGUCGAGCGCAUGCUGACCACGACCGCAAAGACAAACAAUGGGACAGUGUUGGCGGGACUCUACCGGGAUGUGCUCCAGGGGCUUUUCCUGUGUGAUUUCUCCUCACUUGAGAAGUUCAUCUCUCCCCCACCUCAGGACCACGUCACCCCGGCUCUUUUCCGCAGAGAGUCUAGUUUAUCUCUCUGUGAAGAAAACGUAUGUUCUCCUGUAAUCAAGGAUGUUUUUGAGAGGUAUCACUGUAAGACUCGUCGCUGUGGGCCACUCAACUUGACCCUUGCAUCUGAAUCCUGCCUUUCUAAACAACACCACGCUAUCAAAACUGUCCGUGUGCGUCAGCUGGACACACUGCAGCCUUUGGUGGAGGACCCUCGCCUGGACAUCAGAGUUAUCCAGCUAGUUCGUGAUCCAAGAGCGAUCUUAGCAUCACGCAUGGUGGCUUUCUCGACAAAAUAUCAGACUUGGAAGGCCUGGGCGCAGGACGGUCAGGUGCCUGAAGAUGACGAGGAGGUGAAGAGGCUCAAGGUAAACUGUGACCACCUUCGGAUGUCUGCAGAGGUGGGGCUGAGUCAGCCUCGCUGGCUGCGGCGUCGCUACAUGUUGGUGCGUUAUGAGGAUAUCGCCCGCUACCCCAUGCAGAAAGCAGAGGAGAUGUACAAGUUCACAGGGAUACCGUUUAGUUCCCAGGCUAGGGAGUGGAUUCUGAGGAACACCCAGACCACACAGGAAGCCAGCGGGAUCUACUCCACCCAGAAAAACUCAUCAGAGCAGGCAGAGAAAUGGAGAUUUAGCAUUCCCUUUACACUGGCUCAGGUUGUACAGAGAGUCUGUGGACCCACCAUGAAGCUGUUUGGGUACAGAUUUGUGGAUGAUGAAAAAACAUUGACCAAUAAGUCUAUCACUUUGCUUGAAGACAAACUGUUUUAUUAGUCAAGAGAUCAAAAAUUUUGCUGUGAAUCUGCAAUACACUGCAUGCGAUGGAUCCGAGCCAGGAGAAGCCAUUAUUGCACAAACCAAAACUCUUAAGCAGGAGUGCCAAGAAAGACACAGCAUGUUUUACUGGUGGCAGGAACAUUUGGGCCAUACAGUCAUGUUCACACUCGCCAAUGAUGUGCCUCAUUGUAACAAUGAAGAGCCAUUUGAUAAAGAGAAGUAUUUAUUUGAAAAACUGUGUUCACUGAGCAGCCUGGUAUUGAAGCUUUAUGUCAUGUUCUGUAUUUCAUUUAAAAUGAAACAGGCAUAGAUGUGAAGCCUGACUGUAAGAGAUUAUUAUGUUGGAUUAUAUUAGUAGUCGGCUGUGUUUGGAUUUUCAGGGAUAAGCUGUGAUGAAAGUGAUGUGUGUAUGUUGUGUUUGCGAGCAUGUGUUUGAAGGAAAAGUUUUCCUCUUUAUUAGUGCAUAAUAAUUAAUAUUCAUAUUUUGAUAGAGCUGCUUAAGAAUAUUGAACUGCUAGAGUCGUUUUAGAUUAGACCUGAUGUGCUUUGAUAGGAUUUAACAAAUCUGACUCAGGUAAAGUGAAUAUGGAGCUGCAUUUUGUGGUGUCUUUAUGAGGAGCAUUCAUACCUUUGAAACAGUUUACUGUGUGAAAGUACAGUUUCAUUUUUGGUAUUUUGAACCAAAUGCCAUUUAAAGCAACUCUCUUGUGAUGUAAUGAAUGUGGCACCAGAGUUUAAGGCUAAAAAAGGUCAAUUAAAAGGAAUAUAUAAUAUUUUAGGUUAUACAAAAUGAGAAAUGAGAUCACACUGUAAAAGAAAUAUUACAUACUUCAGGUGUGUCUUCAGAAUUCAAGUUUUGUUUUUCCUAUCAGUUAACCAGUAGCCUCAUUCAUUGUAAUGUAUUUCCCAGUAUUUUCCCACCUCUAAGUAGCCAGACAGUUUGGCAUCAUUUUGCAAAUCUGCUGCUCCUGUCGGCAGGCAGCUUAAACUGAAGCUGAUCUAUGUGUCAGACAAGUGUGUUUUUUGGACUCCAGUAUAAAACUUUGACGAGAAAUUUUUACUCACCUCAAAACUUAAAGUAACAGAAUCUCUAGGAAUAUUAAGACUUGCAAAAUCCGCCCUUUAAUGUUCUAAGUUGUGUGUUUUGCUGACAGCCAAUAUAUAUGUUGUAUGUAUGCAUAUAGCUUAUACCUUUAGGUGAAACCCAGGUGGUGCUGCAUCAACUGUCACUCUUGAUGGUAUAUAAAGGAAACCACUGUGACUCUAGUUCAAUGGCAGCAUUGUGUUCAGCUUGGCUGAGGCCCGACUGAAACGGCCAUGCUGCUCCUGGAAAGGGAUAUUCGUCAGAUGAUACAUAUAGCAGUGGGCUUAUACUACCUUCUCUUUAAAUGUUUAAAUAUAGAUACAUAUAUAAGGUAUUGAGCUGACUCACCACUUAAGCCAAAAGAAAUACUGUGAAAUACCAACUUUGUAGCGCAAACUAAGGUAAAGUCACAGUAACUAAUUUAAGUGAUUCAGAUUUUCACAGUGGCAAUAAUCUGUUUGGGAGCAAAGCAGGUUUGCAGUCAUUAUUCUAUAGAUGUUAUAUAUUUGACUUGUGCAACUUUCAUAGACAACUGAUGCUAUCGUCAGCUUACAUUCAUUGUUUUCCUUCUGGAAAAAAUAUUACAUCAGGAAAGCUGUUUUGAAGUUUUAAGUUCAAGUCCAGCUCAGGUUUUACCAAAGCAUCUGCCUCUCUCUUUCUGUGUUUUUAAUGUUCAAAUAUAGUCAUAACUAGCUAUCACUAUUUUCAAAAUUUUGCUGAAUGUGCUGUAUUUAGUCACAUUUUAGUGAAAAUACUGCACGAGCGGUUUGACUUUAGUGAUACCUUUUUGCGUUUUGAAAACUUGACGUGACAUUGAAGCUGGCUGUAAAUGUUAUUCUGUGUUGAAAUGUACUUUAAAAAGUUCUGAAACACCUUUAAGACCACGGAGGGUGACUGUUUGAUACGCGAUAUUUUAGGUAGAGUAUCAUAUUAAAUUGCUAAGUCAUUGAACCAGUGGGUUAUGGUAACAUGUCUUGUCAAAGUGUUGUCUUGUGUGACUUUUUGCCUUUGUUUAAUGGCUGUAGUUAUGUUAAACCCACAUUCUGGUUAUUCUUGCAGAGGAAAACAGUGGCUUAUAUGCAGAUUAUGCUGAUGCAACUGAAAAUAUAUCACAAAGAUGUAAAUGUUAUUUUCUUCUGUUGAAAUGAUCAUUAAAUUGAUUCCCCUGUUGCGAAAGUGUGCUUUGACGCUAUGAAUGCAUGAAUUGAAUGAAACUGAAUGAACGAAUGAAUGUAUUAAUGCUUCUAUCAAACAUAAAUAUUCAGAGGUUCAAGGAUCCAAAAAUAAACUAUCAAUUGUUUUCCAUUUUA